CCUUAAAAGUAGACGGAAUAUAUAAUAAUAAUUAAAAAUGUUUAAGCUUUUUGUAUCUAUUGCCGCUCUAAUUUGGGUAGCUUUGGCUUCCCCUUUAAAAGACAGUUGUACCGUGACCAGUUACGAUGCAGUUAGUACAGCUGUAUCUAGUUGUACCAACAUAGUAAUUAAAGGUAUUACUGUACCAGCUGGUAAGACUUUGACUCUGGACCUAAAAACUGGUACUACAUUGACCUUUGAUGGAACUAUUACUUUUGCACACUCAAACUGGGCGGGUCCUUUAGUCCAAGUUAAAGGUAGCAAGGUGACUGUUAAGGGAACUUCAAACUCAAAACUUGAUGGUUUGGGUGCUAAAUAUUGGGAUGGUAAGGGAGAUAGUGGAGUAACAAAACCAAAAUUCUUUAGAAUUAAAACGACUGGAAACUCACUAUUCCAAAAUAUUAACUUGGUGAACUGUCCACGCCAGUGCGUGUCGAUUAACAGCGCAAGCAAUACUGUCUUAAGUAACUGGGUCAUCGAUGUCUCUGCUGGAGAUUCUGUAAGCAUUUUUAUAAAUAAAUGUUUAAGUUUAUUACAUUUAUAUUUUCAGGCUGGUGGUAAAAAUACAGAUGGAUUUGAUGUUUCAAGCUCUACAGGCAUUACAGUUCAAAAUAGCGAAGUUAAAAAUCAAGAUGACUGUGUAGCUGUAAACCAAGGAUCAAAUAUGAUUUUCAAAAACUUGACAUGCAGUGGUGGUCAUGGGCUUAGUUUAUCAGUAGGUCAAAGCUCCAGCAGUGGUAGUGCCAAUACCGUAAAGAAUGUAACUUUUACCGACUGUAGCGUCGUAAACUCUAGAAAUGGUAUUCAUGUUAAAACCCAUACUGAUGCUGGCACUGGGUCGAUUAAUCUUGUUACCUAUAAAAACAUUAAAUUCUCCGGUAUUACAAAUUAUGCAAUUAAUAUUCAGCAAGACUACAAAAAUGGAAAGUCAACAGGAACUCCAACUAAUAAUAUACCAAUUACUAAUUUAAAUUUACAAAAUGUUGCUGGAAGCAUGAGUGGAAGUUCCAAAAGCAUGCCAGUAUAUAUUUUGUGUGGAAGCAACGGUUGUUCCAGCUGGACGUGGAGUAAAGUGUCUAUCACCAAUGGAAAGAAAUCUAACAGCUGCAAUUUUUCGCCCUCUGGGUUUUCAUGUUAGAUAAAUAUAUGUAUAUAAAAAAAUAAACAUUUUAUUUUUAAGGUUUUAAAAAAAAAUAAAAAUAAAUAAAAGUUUAUAAUAAUUGUACAAUUUAUUUUUAAGUUUAGUGAUAAUAUAAAUGGAGAAGGAAAA